AUGGACGUCUCCGAACAGACAGUGCAAAAGAUCCAGAAGUUUGCACAAAAUCGCCAAAAUGCAGAGAAUGAGUCUGAUAUGGAGCCCGCUGGUACUACGGCAUUACAAGCCUAUUCACGAAGGCUGGACGUGACUCUUCGGGGGCUCCAAGAGCAAGUGCGACACCAGGAGGAAGAACUACAAAAGCUCCGGGAGUCAAGUUCUGUUGAUCUCGCAAGCACGGGAACAGAUCCCUGGAUGCGUGUCUCGCAGACACGCCGGGCGAAGAAGGCGUACGACUCCCUUCUUCAGUCGAAGGACGAGUUCCCGACCACUGAUUCUGUCUUACCCUUGCUUCUGGCCAUUGAUGAGACCUCGCAGCUUGUCAAAGAUAACAAGGCGUCGGUGACGGUGACCGCAGACCAACUGUCUGUGGACCGCGAGCGUUUCCGCAUAGAAGAGGCCAACCUGCGGGACUCGCGAUCCAUUGCGAGCGGGCUCCGGGAGCGCCUGCAAAGGAUACGAAAUGCCAGCUCCAGAAAGGAAGAGCAGUCUCCCUCGCAAGUGGCGCGGGAACUUGUAAAUCAGCAGAAGAAGAGGAACAAGGGGCUCGAUCGUGCCUCGACAGACCUCAAGGCUUCCCUGGACAAGUUCUUUGACGACACUCUGGCGCCGAUGCUCGCGGCCGAAGACUUGGGCGGUCCGACUGUCGGGGAUGCCCAGGAGGUUUCGGACGCUACGCUGAAGGCGGGAUACACGGCCCACGGGAAACCCAAGAAACAAAAAGAGUCAGCUGGCACCGAGGAUGGUGCGCAGCAGCGAAUUGAUCAAUUCUUGCAUCGCAGCACCGCCGGAGCCAACCUCACAAAUAAGCGCGAAGCAGCGGCGACAGAGAUGCAGGGUCUUCUCGAUGCCCUGCUGGAGGCCGGUACCUCCUAUAUCGAUUUGCAACGCGACUCGGCCGCAUCGAGGUUUCUGGUGAGAGCCAAGGUGGCUCAGUUCCAUCCACGAGACGCCCGGCGGCUACGGUUGAUUGAUUUCGGACGUUCACUCGACAACUAG